UUGCUUAUUAGUAGCCCUUUGAUUUUUACACAAGUUAUAUUGAAAUUUAUGUUUGACAAUAUUGGUUUAAACAAAGUGAUCCUAAAACUGAAAAUAAAUUGGGUUGACUGUGAAAAAUUGUUUUAAAAUGAAGCAAAUCUGUUUAUGCUUGAGUCUAUUAGUUUUUCAUGUAAAUGCGCUGGUUGUACCAAACACAACCCACAUUCCUGGUCACCAUUUAGAACGUAUUAGCAGACAGUUGCUUGAUCCUAUUUCCAGUGGUGAUCCUUCAUUCAUGGCAGUGGUUAUUCAUGGAGAAUGCGAGCAUUUGUGCGGAGGAGUUUUCCUGACACCCCAACAUAUCCUGACACUUUCAGAUUGUGUUAGAAAAGACAAAAACAAGAUUAAAAUAUACCCAAAUAUUCCCUAUUAUUUGCCUCAUUGCGAUGAAGAUCACACCGUUUUCCCCAUUGAUAAAGUAAUUUUUAUGCCUGGUUAUGACCCAAAAUCACACGAUAAAUCACAUGCAACCAGUUUGGCCAUAGUUCAUCUGGAAAAACCAGUGACCACAGUAAAGAACAUUUCGGUCAAUCAUGAUAAUUUUGACGCCAACCAGGAAACAAUUUUGUUCACUUUGGGUAUCAAUAGACCACUCCAUGUUGAUGAUUUUGUUGAUCCACAAAAGUGUCAAACUUUAUGGCCAGAAGGUGGACCAGUAAUUUGUGGUUCUCUUCGUGAUAAAGGCACACCACACAAAUGUACUCUGGUUCCCGGUCUGCCUUUGAUUAUUAAUCAUAAAGGUCAAGCCUACCUUAAAGGCCUUUUUGUAGAUCCUUUGAGUUGCCCACCGAAAGAUGUGGUUUACGUUAAUGUAACAGCUCAUUUAAAUUGGAUCCUAUUGGCAACUAAACCCGUCACUGGCCAACGUGAUUCAAGUAAUGGCCCAUUGGUUAUGAGAAAAGUCCAUCCACCAAUCUAUCCUGAUCUCCAUGUCCAUAGAGUCUGGCCUUUUGCACCCCCUGAACAUCAUACUACUGAUAAUAGUCAACACAACUCGAGUGCUAAUCAUGUAGGACAAGGUUGCAUUUGUAAUUGUGAAAAGUAUCGAUCCAACAAUUCCUAUUCUUUGUAUGGCGACAAUGACGAUCCAUUUCAACCAACAGAAAGAAGCAACAAUAAUAAUAACAAUAAUAACGGUGUUCAUGGCGGUGUUCACAAUCAAAAUCAAAAUCAUAACGACUAACUAAUCGUAAUGUUCAACAUUUAAACUAACUUCAGCACACAAAAAUAGUACUGAUCGAAAAAAUGUCUAAAAUAGUCUGUUUUUAAUGAAUUGAUGUAACUAAAAACCAUAAAUAAAUUAAUAAA